AUGGCGCCCAAGAAAAACGCAGCUGCCGCUGCGGCCACGACAUCAACGGAGAAGCAACCCGUCACCACGACCGCACCAUCGGCCGCCGCGAAGCGCUCCUCGGCUAUCUCGACGAACAAGAGAGGCGCCAACAGAUGGGACGUCGUCUUUCAAAACAUUUACACCCACUACACCAAGGAGACGGCUCAGCGCACCAAGCUGAUUGACGUCUUCCUCGCCUUCCUCGUCGUGGUCGGCGCUCUGCAGUUUGCCUACUGCGUCCUUGCUGGCAACUACCCAUUCAACGCGUUCCUCUCUGGCUUCUCCGCCACUGUCGGCCAGUUCGUCCUUGCCAUCUCUCUCCGUAUCCAAACAGCAACGGUCGACAAGACUGAGUUUCCUUCCGUCUCCCCAGAAAGAGCCUUUGCCGAUUUCGUUGUCUGCAGCUUGAUUUUGCACUUUUUCUGUAUCAACUUUAUUAACUAA